AGGAUGAGACAUUCACAUUCCUGUGUCUGAACAAAGAACAACCUAGGCAGCUGGUACUGCGGGCCGCCAGCGGCGGCGGCGCCGGUAAACUCCGAUACUCGUUCCGCGGCGUGUGCUACUGCAGAUGGAGGCUACAGCCGACGCCGGCGGACAUAGCAGCGGCGUCCCGGAAGACCAGCAGCCUCCCAAGACGCUGGUGGACUGGGCGCUGCAGAUCCUCUCCACGGCCGACCCGGACGAGAAGGCCCGCCUGGGGGACCUCGCCGCGUCGCUGUGGCUGUGCGGCGAGAUCCCGCUCCCCUACGACCCGUCCCGACCGGCGCCCCCGCCGCCCGACCGCCCCGCCCGGAGCGCCGAGGUGCGGCUGCUCCCGCCGUCGCGGAUGCCCAAGCUGGGCAAGGGCGGCAGCGCGCAGAGCCGGCUGGCGAUGCUCCACUCGCUGGCGCACACCGAGAGCUGGGCCGUCGACCUCUCCUGGGACAUCAUCGCCCGCUUCGGCGCGCGGAUGCGGAUGCCGCGGGAAUUCUUCGACGACUUCGCGCGUCUCGCGCAGGACGAGGGGAGGCACUACACGGUGCUCUCCGCGCGGCUGAGGGAGCUGGGCUGGCGCUACGGCGCGCUCCCGGCGCACGACGGGCUCUGGGACUCUGCGAUGAGAACCGCGCACUGCCUACUCGCGCGCCUCGCCGUCGAGCACUGCGUCCACGAGGCUAGGGGAUUAGAUGUCCUUCCAACAACCAUAUCAAGAUUCCGAGCAGGCGGGGAUGAACAAACAGCAAAACUGCUAGAAGAUAUUAUUUAUCCUGAAGAAGUUACACAUUGUGCUGCUGGUGUUAGAUGGUUCAGAUACCUGUGCCUUAGGCCCUGCAGUGAUGAUCUGAUCUCAUAUUCAGUUCCUCAUUCUGAACCCCACUGCCCUGGGAUGCCAGGAGAUGGUACUGCUGAUGAUAAGACAGUUCUGGAGGGGAGAAAUGAACUAACAUCAGUCCAACAGGUAGAAGAUGAGACGUCCAAGAUUUCACAAGACUUCAACAGUAAUAUUAAUAUGACCCAACAGGUUGAAGAUGGCUUGGCAAAUUGCAAACUAGGCAACAAUGUAGACAAAGAUGAAGCAGCAGUUAUUCGGACUUUCCAUAGGAUUGUUAGAGAAUAUUUUAGGGGACCACUGAAGCCCCCUUUCAAUACAGAAGCGAGGAAAGCCGCUGGCUUUGAGCCUGCCUGGUAUGAACCCCUGGCAGUGAAGGAGGUACAUGUUGAGGGAAAGGCGGACAAUUGAGUGACAUGCCUUAUGUGUAUUGGAUCCGCUCUUCUGUUAGCAUGAACACAUGAAUGCUUGAAGGCCCCGCUCACCCGAAGUGAUUUAGAAAAAUUCUUUUUUCUCGAUGGUGAUCAGGUAAGACGGAAAGCUGGUAAGCCAUUGGCUGGACAAGCUGCCCAUUUCUUUGUACCCCUGCCUUAUCACUACAGCCACGGAUUGAGCGAAAGGACUUGGCAGAUUGAACUGAAGACUAUAAAGAAGGACACUGAAUACCCGGCCAGAUAUAUGAGAACAUGGAAGCAUUAUGCUGUUUUUUUUUUCACUAUUUGUGCUAUGCUAUAGCAGGCCAGAAAGCGCAUAGAUACGGUAGGUGUUCCAGUUUUCUUUUGUUAGCAGUGAGAUGUUGGUGACCUCUGUGAUCGUUUUCUUUACCACGGACAUACUUACUGAUCUGGAACUUUACAAACCAAGCUGAACUUUGUAUUCCAUUAAAUGAACUUUGUUUUUACUCA